AUGAGUGAUGAUAAAAAAAUACUUGAUGAAGAAAUUGCACGCAUCAAACAACUUUUAAAAGAUCAAGAAGUUGAAAUUGAUAUUGAAAAAAGAAAAUGUGAUCAAUUACUUGAAAUGUUUUCUAACGUGAAGAAGAAUGUUGCUGAUUCAAUAAAAGAAUCUCUACCUGAAAUCUUAAAUAAAGUUAUUAAAAAUAUUAAUAUCGGUGAUGAUGUAAAAAAAUUAGUAACUGAAAAAUCAGGAGAAGUGAUCGAAAAAUUAAAUAAGAAAAAUAAUAGCGUAGAUAAUUCAAAAAAUAUUGAUGAAAUUGUGAAAAUAAAAUCAUUCUAUCCUAAUGAUAUUGAUUUAAAUAAAAAAAUUAAAGAAAAGAUUCAAGAAGCAUUAAAAGAUCCUAAUUUAGAUCAAGAAGAGAAAAAAGAUCUUUUGAAUGAUGGUAUAUUCAAUUCUAGUCUAUGGAGAGCAGAAAAUUUUUUUAAAUAUUUUACUGAUUUAGAUGUUGCGAUUACAACAAGUCCAUUUAAAGAAUAG